CGUCCCUGAUUUCGACUCUUGUUAGACUCCAUUCCUCCAUCCUGGUCUGGUUCUGUUUCUCUUAACUUCGAGUCCCAUUGCGACUGUGGUGCACUCUUCUCAUUCACUCGUGUUGCUUAACGCAUCCCAAAUUCUACGAUGUACACGCACGACAAAUUCGGCAGCUUCUUGCUGUUUGUACUGUUCGUGUUGUAUCUCAGCACAACUUUUGCGGCACCAUCUACGAGAAUCCCGACUCUAACAAUACGGCAAGAUUCCAACUUGACUGUCAGUGGAGAUGGGUCAUGCGGCGGCUCGUCAGGACAAACGUGUGAGGGCAGCACAUUCGGUGAUUGUUGCUCAUCUAAAGGAUUUUGCGGGAAGAACGAAAGCUAUUGUACGACGGGAUGCCAAGGUGAUUUUGGCCAAUGUCCAACCUCAGACACUAGUUCGGAUGGGUCCUGCGGCGGUCCCACCAGCAUCACAUGCGUAGGCAGCGAAUUUGGAAACUGCUUUGCGGCAGUGGCUCGAGCUACUGUGGGAGCGGAUGCCAGUCAGACUUUGGAUCCUGUGGUGUGGGAAACAUCAUGUCUAUCAGUUCAGAUGGUACAUGCGGUGGACCAGACAAAAUCAGCUGUCAGGGCAGUGACUACGGAAAUUGCUGUAGUCAGAGAGGCUAGUCAGUACACUUCAAGACUUGACAGCUGAACUCGCCGCUAAUCCUACAUCGUCAGUUGUGGUGCGAAUGUCUCUUAUUGUUCCUCGGGGUGUCAAAGCGAAUUCGGAACAUGU